AUGAUGGCAUAUAAAAAGUUAUGUUUUUUAGCUAUUUUAGCAUUAUCUUUAAAAGCCGUGUCAGCUAAUGAUUAUUCGAAUAAUGAUGAUAAUGUUGAUGAUGAAAGUAUAUCUGAUGUUAUAAAUAUAUUUAAAAAUAAAAACCAUGAUUUAUAUAACAAUCCUGAAUAUAUUAGUGAUAUUAAAAAAAAAUACCAAUUAUUAAAAAACCAAAUUGAUCAAAUGAACAAAUAUGAAAAAGGAAUGUCAUCAGGAGAUAUUGCAAACAUCCUUGAAGAGGAAUAUGAUGAAGAUUCAAAUAAUGACAAAAUUGUUUUGGGUAUGAGCGAGGACGAUUUAGAUAAUUAUGAUGAUUCCUUUUGGGGUCAAAGUGCAAACAAAUUAACUCCAGUUCAAAUGGGUUCAGAUGCAAACGGUGCAACCCUCGUUGAGGCGAAUGUCGAAUCACAAGCAAGCGAAAGAAAUCAAGGAAAUGGAGAAACCGUCAGAAAUGGUCAGAACGCAAAUGAUGGGGUUCAAUUAGGUAGUAGUGGGCAAGGAAAUGUUCAAAAUCAAAGAAGUGAUGGAAUACAAGGGGGCAAUAAUGAAGUGCAAGCUGGUUCUGAAUCUAUCAUAGAAAAAAACGCUUUCUUAGGCACAAUUUUUGAUGAGAUUCUUAAUGAACAAAAUCACAAUGAACAAGUGCAUACUACCCAAUACCAUAGCAAAUAUAAUUCUCUAAAAAGUGAAUGCGAUUUUGCUAUGAAUCUUGAGGAAUAUGCUAUUGCAAAAAAAAUUAUUUCAAGUUACUUUAAAAGUGGAACCGCUGAAAACCCCAUUUACUUAUAUGAUAUACUUAUAAAAUCAUUAAAUGAUGAAGAAUAUAAAAAACAUUUUAAAAAUUUUAUUUAUGGUGUCUAUAGUUUUGCUAAAAAAUAUAACUAUUUAAGUGAAUCCAGAUUAGAAGAAGAAAAUAACAAUUUCAUAGCCAGUGUAUUAAAGGCCUUAGCUACAGUUGAUCUUAAAUAA